CGACGACCGUUACAAGUUCCUUGAAACCCUUUAAAUGUUUUUAAUUUUUAUAAAUCCACAAAACUUGUAAUGAAAUAGCGAAUAAAUGUCGAUAAUUUGACAAAACUGAGACAUUUUCACUUAAAAAAUUAAACCUAAAAAGCUAAUAAAGAAGAGUUAGAAAUUUGUGAUACACUGAUCCUAACCUCAAAAUGUCCGAGGUGUCAUUCUCAAACAGUGGCAUAGAAUCGUUAUUAAACGAAUCUUUGCACGAAACUUCGGAUCUUAGGAAUCAGGUGACUAAAUUAACAAACAAAAAUGAAGAAUACCAACAAAAAGUUCACGUAUUGCGUCGUGAAUUGGAAUCAACAAGUGCAAUGUAUAAAGAAGUCAAGGAACUCCUGGAGGAAUUUUCGAGUAAACAGUCCGAAAAAAUUGAUCAAAAGGUCCAGGAACUCACGGAUAAACACAAUCAUGAAAGAAAGUGUUAUGAGGCUCGCAUAGAUGAAUUGGAAGAUGAUCUGAUAUCGAAACUAAACGAAAAUUCUGAAAUGCGAACUGAAAUCGCAGAAUUGAGAAUCAAAAUCAAAAUGCCAGCUAUACAAGAAAUUUCAGUUUACGAAGAAGAGUCAGAACAUCAAGAAAAUCAAAUAACUGAACUCAUGACUCUUUUGCAAGAAAAAACCGAAAAGCUCCUUGCGUGCGAAGAAACUUGCAAAUAUCUUGAAACUCAAAAUUCCGAAAUGCAAGACAUAAUUCAAGGUUUAAAAGUAAGAGUGGUAGAAAAGGACCAAGUAAUAGAAAGCACUCAGGAAGAACUUGCAGAAUGUCGUACGGAGUUGAAUGCUCUGAAAACGGCCCCUGUUCCUGGUUCUAAAAAAGGAAAUUCUUUAUUCGCGGAGGUGGAAGAUCGACGACAAGUGAUGAUGGAAAAAAUGAAUUCGAUGCGGGCCAGUUACCACGAAAUGAAGCGAUCCUUUCUUUCCAAGGAGAAUGAAAUCAAAGUUUUAAAAACCGAGAGAGCUGCCUUAAUUAGAAAAUGGGAGGAUUCCGCCGUCGAGGCUGUCGAGCAAGAAACCGCGCUUGUUGACGCUUACAAAAGCAGAAUCGCGGAUUUGGAAAAAAAACUGAAGGAAGAACAGAAGAAGCAUAAGCAGUUGCAGAAUGAAGUUCAGCAGCCUGGUUCCAAUAUAAGUUAUUUCCAAUCCUUGCUGAACUCGAAGAAGAAAGAAAUCGAGGAACUCCGCACGCAAAUUGAAGACAAUGCAAUUCGAACUUUACUCGAGGAGGAAAAGUCUUACAAAUUUGGAAAGCGGUUAAGAUACUGGAGAUAUAAGGCGAUGUCGUUAGAGGCGAGUCUUUUAGCGGUUCAAAGUCAACUACAAACGGAUCCAAAUUCAUCCUCUAUGGAAAUUCUGCAUCUGAUAAAACAGCAGAUGAGCGACAAAACUCUGAAAGCAGAUGCCGACAUUGACGACGAAUUUGAAUUGAGCUUGAAGCCACAAAUAGUGGACGAAACCAAAGUUUCACUCGACAGUUUGAUCCGACCGAAAUCAUAUUUGCCCCCGAACAUGGACUCGACCGAAAGUUCCGAAAUGUCUCUCACGAAUAUCGUGAAUGAUACAAUAGUCAUGUCGAGUCAAAGCGUUCCGUGCCGGAAUCAAAAUUCACAUGAAAAAUCUUGCACUUUAAACCGCACGGCCGACAUGUCGAUGACAGAAGUAAUUGAAACGGGAAAUUCGGACUGUAAAUUGAAACUUGAAUUCGAAGAAGAGCUCGCCAACUUUUUACCGACUUCUGCGAGUUCUUGUUUGCAAGAAAACGCCCAAACAAAUAUGCAACUUGUACCAUUUAAUCCAGAGUCUAACUCUAAUAAGGAGAAUGUUUCAACAUUGGGCCCAGAGUCUUGCUCGAAUAAGGAGAAUAUUUCGACUGUGGGUAACGCUUCGAUAUUGAAAUCAGCUUUGUCGAAAACAGGGAAGAAAGGACAAGACGAAAUUAAGGGGAAAAAGGCUCUGCGAUUUACAGAAGACACGAGCGAUCCAAAAGAAGGUUUGUUCAAACGAUUGAAGAAUCAGCAGAAGAAAUAUCCUGUCCUUUUUAUUUCUAGUAAACCGAGUAAUUGAGAUUAGAAUUGAAUUUUAGCUCCUGGAUAUAUCAAAUAUAUUUAUGUAAUAGAUUUACUGUUAAG